UAAUGCAACAACAUUUCCACUCCAAAACAAAACCACCGUCUACACGCAAACUCUAGAGCUCAGUCGACUUUCUCAACGCUAAAUAUCUUCGUUUACAUCACUUUCUAUAAUCAUACCAAUCCAAAUCUUAUUCAUUCCUUCCUAAUCAACCGCUUUCACCAUUUUCACCCCCUGACCCUUCAAUUUUUCCUCGGAUAAGUACCCAGUCAAUUAGGUAACGCUAAGAAGAGGGCAGGUGAUUCAGAUGAUUGGUUUGAGCAUAUUAGAAAUUUAGCAUUUUGAAGAGAAAGAGGCAUUAUUUUGGUUUAAUUAUAGGAUGAGAACUGCAUUCUGGAACGUGAUUUCGUCAUUUUUUCUUUUGCUCCUUUUGUUACCUCUGGUAUUGUCUGUGUCAAACGAUGGCUUGAUCAGGGUUAAUUUGAAGAAGAAAAAGCUAGACAUAGUUAGCCAAGUUACUACUCAAUACAGCACUAAGGUUGAAGAUUCAAUUAGAUUGCCUCUUAGGAGGUAUGGUGCUGGCAAUGAUUUGGCGAGUUAUGAUGAUGCGGAUAUUGUGCCGUUGAAGAACUAUUUGGAUGCUCAGUACUUUGGGGAGAUUGGUAUUGGAACUCCCCCUCAGAAGUUUACUGUGAUUUUUGACACAGGAAGUUCCAAUCUUUGGGUCCCUUCCUCGAAGUGUUUGCUUUCUAUUGCCUGCCUUUUUCAUUCUAAGUACAACGCUAGGCGCUCAAGCACUUACGUUAAGAAUGGGAAGAAGGCUGAGAUCCAUUAUGGGACUGGAGCCAUUUCAGGGCACUUCAGUGAAGAUCAUGUUACAUUAGGAGAUCUUGUUGUUGAAAAUCAGGAAUUUAUUGAAGCAACAAGAGAGCCUAGUCUAACAUUUGUAGCUGCCAAGUUUGAUGGCAUACUUGGGCUUGGGUUCAAAGAGAUCUCUGUUGGUAAAGCUGUUCCAGUCUGGUACAAUAUGGUGAACCAGGGUCUUGUUAAGGAACCCGUAUUUUCCUUUUGGCUAAACCGAAAUGCAGAUGAGGAAGAAGGUGGUGCAAUUGUUUUUGGUGGUGUUGAUCCAGACCACUACAAAGGUGAACACACCUGGGUACCUGUGUCUCAGAAAGGCUAUUGGCAGUUUGAUAUGGAUGAUGUCUUAGUUGAUGGCGAGACAACUGGCUUUUGUGCUGAUGGCUGCUCUGCAAUUGCUGAUUCCGGGACUUCGUUGUUGGCUGGCCCUACGACUGUGGUUGCACAAAUCAAUCAUGCAAUUGGUGCCGCGGGUGUAGUGAGUGUAGAAUGCAAGGCAGUGGUCGCACAAUAUGGAAAACAAAUUCUGGAAGUGCUUUUGUCAGAGACACAACCCAAAAAAGUAUGCUCCAAAAUCGGUUUAUGCUCUAAGCUAGAUACUAGUAUUGGCAUCAAAAGUGUGGUUGAUGUCAAUGUGGGAAAAUCUUCUGGCGGCUUUCAUGAUUCCAUGUGUACUGCUUGUGAAAUGGCUGUGGUAUGGAUGCAAAACCAAUUAAGACAAAAUCAAACUGAAGAACGUAUUCUGGAUUAUGCCAAUCAGCUUUGUGAUAGCCUUCCUAGUCCAAUGGGGGAGUCUGCUGUUGACUGUAGCAGUAUUUCCUCAUUGCCAUCUAUUGCCUUUACUAUAGCUGGAAGGACAUUUGAUCUCAGCCCUGAGGAGUACAUACUAAAAGUGGGCGAGGGAGCUGCAGCACAAUGUAUCAGUGGAUUCACAGCUUUAGAUGUGCCUCCUCCUCGUGGACCUCUCUGGAUUUUGGGUGACAUUUUCAUGGGUCGAUAUCACACCGUGUUUGACUACGGAAAUCUAAGAAUUGGAUUUGCAGAAGCCGCUUGAAAGUUAACUUUAACGAUGACGCUUGUGUUGAAUGUUAUAUGAAUGUUAACCAAGAUAUUUCCUGUGUAAAUAUUUGAAUCACGUUAUUAUGCUGUAAUUUCAAGAGAAGGAACAUUUCAGUUUGCACAAGCUUACCAUUUUUGUAUGGGACGUCAAAUGUGACUCAUAGUGAGACCGUUUCAUACAAGAAUUUGUUUUCUACCAUUCGGAUCGUAGUCAACUCAACAAAAGUAAUUUCAGUGGAACCAUAAAUUUAAUCAUGUCAGUUAUAUCUUCAUGUAGUCAUAAAUUUAUCAGUGUUUGAUACAUUUUGAUUAUUUAAAUUUUCGUUAUA